CCCCCUCUCGAUUUAGGGAAUAUGUCUCUAUCCUUCGACCGGCAGCGAGCGACAAGCGACGGCGGCGGCGACUGAGGUAAUUCAACUGAAAACUGCACAUGGAUAAUGUUUUAGGGCAAGAUUUGAUUAGUGAUCUGCCUCAAAGUAUUAUAGAAACCAUCCGAACAAAGCUUCCGAUAAGGGAUGCAGUAAGAACUUGCAGUUUAUCGAGUAAAUGGAGGUAUAAAUGGGCUAACCUUACUCAACUUGUAUUUGAUGACAAUUGUGCAACGCUUUGUAAUGACAAAGGAGCUGUCCAGGACAGCCUUGCAAAGUUCAUUACUCGGUUUCUUUUUCUUCAUGAUGGACCAAUUCACAAGUUCAGUUUGAUUGUGAACUCCCCUUGUUUACAAGAACUUCAAAUCUCGGGUUCUUCAAAUACAUCAACUGCAACAGAAGCUCCUGAUUUGGAUUUUUGAAAGAUAACAGAUAUGUUUGUUGUGCCACAUGAGACGGAAUUCAUCAAAUUUUUACUUAGAAACUCACCAAUGCUCGAGACAAUGAGCAUUACACCUAGUGUAUAUGUUACAGAUGGAAGAUUGAAUAUGUGGAUUGAGUUGGUGAGGUUUCGAAGGGCUUCUACACAAGCUAAAAUCAUCUUCAUCCAAGAUUGAUAUGUAAAAACUGUUUUUCUUACAUGAAGUCUCUUUGUUUUGUGUU